AUGACAAGUACAUCUACAGUGACAUCAACGGUGACAUUGACGUCGAUGCGAAAAUGCAAACCUACGAGAUGUACGAGUGAUUCAAGUAAAGAAACAGAAACACAAAAAGAGGAAGAGAAAGAGGAAGAAGUGAAACCGAAUGAAGGAAUGAAAAUAAGAGUUCCAGAGAUAGUAAAAAUAAUGUUGUUGGGAGUGAUGGUUAUAGGAAUGUUAUAA